AUAUAAAUCAAAAUAAUAAAAAGUUAUUAAAAGAAAAAUGUUUUAUCUUUCUAUUCAUAUAAAAUUCAUUUUAUUAUUAUUUCAGGAUGAUAAGUAAAUAUGUUGUUAAUUGAACAAAUUCAGGGCAGAAAUAUCGCUAUCGCGUAAUGCCGACUUUCGGACUACUUGCAUAAACAUGUGUGUGUUUACAAUUCAAAUGCGGAUAUUGUACACAUCAUGAAUAUUUAUGAGAUUGACGUCAUCUUGUUCACGACUGAAUGAACUUUACUACAAUGCAUUCAAAAUUUACAUAGGACCAACCUACGCCGAGAAAAUAGUACCUGACUUUGACGAUGAAUAAAAUUACUUCCGAUGGUCCGAACAAAAUUUUGAACAUAGUUAUAAAAACUAGAAAGUCUAACUUAAAUUUUGAUACAAAAAUUAUUUUCCGCAAAUGAGAAUUAGGUACCCGCAUCUUUAAACAAAGACGCGCAUUUAUACAGUUGACCUCGGUCGACCUGCAGAGGGAGUCGCCAUAUUUGUUUUGCUACGCUAAUCGGUAUCGUUUGUGAAAAUCGAAAUGAAUUAAACCAUACUCGCUUAAACUCUACAGAAAAGUGGCUACGAUAAAGUUGUCUGAGUAGUGAUGGAGUAUCCAGGUCCCUUCUGCAAGGAAGUGGGAGUCUGCUGCAACUCCAUCAUAACCAAGAAACAUGAAAAAUCCAUUACUUUGACAAAUGGCAUUGUCGUUGAAAUAUUCAACUUCACGAAGAAGAAUGGUUAUACAUUAAAACAUUUUGUAGAAGUGCUGUGCCUGCUAAACGAUGACUGUAAGAAUGUGUCCCCAUCAACACUGACUUCAAAAGUAACCAGUGUUCUUGACUGUAAAAAGAAGUUAGUAAGUAAAAAGAAAGUUCCUGGUUUUCAAACAGUUGAACAAUUACUAAGAAAAGACUUCAAUGUGUGUGUAAAUAAGAAAACUGUUAAAGCCAUUGGUGAGUCAGUGCAAGUUGCUCAAGGCUGUGAGCAAAUAUGUGCUGUGUUGAACGAGGAAGGGCCUCAAACUGAAGGAACUCAAAUAGACAUUGGCGAUGGGGAUGAAUGUGGAAAUGACACCAAGCAAUUGAAUUUUCAAAAGUACAUGUGUCAGAAAAUGAGAAAAAAUUUAGAAAAGUUGAAGAACAAAUAGCUACAGAGAAGUUAAAAUUAAAUGAGUGCAAACAGCGUAUUGGGCAUUAUUCAGUGAAAAACAUUAACAAAAGAGACGAAGCUGCAAAACUGAACCGAAAGUCUCUUCGUGAUGCACAGAAGCUUGUGCGCAAACAGGCCAAAAAGCUUCAGACUGCUAGAGAAACAAUUGAAAUGCUUCGAAAUGAAAACUGUUUGCUUGUUGAGUCAGUUGAAAGUGUUAAGAAUCUAAAACGUGACAAUGAGCUUGCAAACAUGCAACUGAGAACUGAAAUUAAAAAAAAGAGAUUGGCUCAAAAGUCAAACAGCAGUUUACGAAAGAAAAUUAAGAAGUUAAAGACUUCCGACGAAAAAGUGACCGCAAUUCAAUUAGUAAAACAAAAUGCAGACUUGAGACAGAAAUUAGAACGACUAACAUUAAUAGCCGAGGAAAAUGAUCUGCUGAUUGAGGACUUUCACCACAAACUAAAAGAGACAAAGGACUAUACAGACGUAAUAAGUAAAUCGAAUAACACAUACAGUGAAUAUUUCAGAAUGUGCGUUAUCCAGCUUGCUGGCUUAGAGGUAGCGACUGACAAAAUAAGUCCAGUGAUUUCUGUUGUAAGUGAGACAAUUUUUGACAAGUGUUUUGCGAAAGGGGCAUUGCCAAACAGCACAUCUGUACAAAGAAUUGUAGAUGAAGGACAGUUCAUCGCAAAGUCUUUUUUGGCAGAAAAGUUGGAAAACAGUCAAAGCUGGGGUCUAGGUAGAGAUGGAACGACCCGAAGAAAACAAAAAAUUGUUGACACAUCCAUUACACUAGACAAUGGAGAAAUUGCUAGUUUAGGGUUUACACGCAUAGCCAAUGAAACCGCGCAAACUAUUCAAAAUGUAACAAAAGAACAAUUAAGCGAAUUAGGAUCAUUAAAUGGAAAUUCGUCAGAAGACUUUAUUGUCUCAUCACUGGCAAAACUGGCAUUCACCAUGAGUGAUAGAGCCUCAAAUGAAAAGUUGGCUGAUAAACUGCUGAACAAAUGGAGAGAUGACUUGUUGAAAAAUUGCAGUUCUGAAACAGAAGUGAAAAGUGUAAAAAACUUCCAUUGCAUGGCGCAUGUGCUGCUCGGGUUUCACAGAUAUGUUUGUACAGACAUUAAAUUACUUGAAAAGGAACUGAGUGAAGUAGGUGGCCCCCUUGGUCGUGACUCAUUGCCAGCAUUUAAAUUCUGGUCUAAAGGGGGGACAGUGAUUGAGCGUGUUGUGCGAACCACUGCAGACACCUUCGGACCUGCCGGGGAACAUUAUGGACUGCGUGACAGAUGGGAGGCCUACUGCAGGGACAAUGGAAUCAAGUCAACAAUCGGGAACUACCGCGACAACCGGUUCAACUGCCUCUUUCAGACGGCAGCUGAAAUCUUAGUCCAUCGACAAGAGUUCCUGACUGUCAUUAAAACGGUAAAAAAACCGAACAGAAAAAUUCAGGCCGUAUCUGCUGAUUUGCACUGCACAAGGAUAGCAACAUUGUUAGCUGCAACCGGCUUGAUGUAUGUCCAUGUGACUGGUCCUUUUGGCAAUUAAUCACAUCAGGAAGUGUGCCAUAUCUGGAACUUUAUCCCCAUGUACAGUCACUGCACAAGUUCCUGUGUGAGAUUAAGGAUAAUCCUGAAAAACUUUUAAAUGGAACAGAAUUUUGGCAGACAGAGUAUGACAUCGCCCAGAAAGAAAGAUACCUGGUUGAAAUUCACAAAAAUAUUAAACCAGACAAUAAUGACGCCUUAGGUACCAUCCAGUGCAUUGCAAAAUCCAUGAUAAAGUGCAUCGAAAAGCAACUGUGUGACUUUCUGCCUGGUGGACAGUUCAGUGGUGCAACAAGUAAAAGUGACCUAGACAGGACAAAGUUUGCCCACUCUACAUGCGAACAUCAUUUUGGCGAUCUAGACAGUUCACAGAAAAGACGCCCCAAUGCGUCUCUCCAUCAUCACACAUCUGUUCACCUGCUGAAAAGAAAUCGUGAGCAGAUGAAAAGAUGGUAUGAUGGUAUGACUAAAAAAGAAAAAGUA